CGCAACGUUCACGACGCUCCACGACGAAUUAUUAUAGGUUACGUUGGAUUAGAUCAGGUUAGGUUAUGUGCCGUCUCCGUACGGCGUAUGUACGGAUGGAAAAUAUUCGCGCUUGGUCGAGUAUCCCGUAGAGGUAAGAUGCCAAGGGACGUCCGCGAGGACGCGCGAUCGAUGGAACGAGUUAGAUGUGCGAGCGCGCCUCACGAAGUCCCGGCCGUCGUGUUGGCGCUCCUCGUGCGCGACUUGCCCUAAUAGCAGGAACGAGAGACUGAGAGAGAGAGAGAUAAAGAGACACGGAGUACGCUGUCAGGGUGCGCAAACGGGUGUCACGUGAAACGCCUGGCAUGGAUUAUGCAACGAUCGUCGACGACGCGGUCAGGCAGUUCUACUCGGCGGGCAGCAACGAGGCGCACUCGUGGCUGCUGCGGGUGCAAGCCUCCCCCGAGGCCUGGCACUUCGUGUGGCAACUACUGGAUCCCUCCAAGUCAUACGAAGCGCAGUUUUUCGCGGCGACGACUCUGCACGCCAAAAUAUCCAAGCAGUGGAAUGAAGUGCCUGAAGCUGAGUAUCCGGUGUUGAGGGAACGUUUGCUCAAUAGUGUGAGAAGGCCCAGCAUCCCCUUAUGCAUCCUUACAAAGCUUUGCCACGCGUUAGCCGCGUUUGUGGCCAACAUUUACAGUGCGGAGAACAGGGAGCAGGAUAGGAGUAUAGUCGACGAAUUGCUCGACAUUUUACCUUAUGAUUCUCCCUCUGCGUUAGAAUUACUGCUUCGAGUGCUCUCGACACUUCCCAAUGAGUACGAGAAGAGACACGAAGCGAAGAGUGCCAAACGGGAAGCUCUUGUCAACUUGAUCAACAGCUGGUGCCAAACCACGUGGUUCUUACAGCAGGUCUUUUCAAUGUGUAACCCGGAUUCCCAGGGCAACGACGGUGCAUUGUACUCCCUGGGUCUGGAAUGCGCUCAAUCGUGGCUUAAAGUUGGCCAGCUGCCUUUAGAGACCACCGGUCAGAUCUACCCCUAUUUAUUGGUGGCUGCGGCUCACUAUGCACCUAAUAAAGACGAGAAUCAGGGCGAUGACGAUAACGUCAAGAGCUGGGAUAUAGUACAAGAUUGUUUAAUCAUGAUCGUGACGCACUACGAGCUUCACAAACGGCCGCAGACGUUCUGGGAGUGGGCCAGGAGUUUGGUGCUGAUGGCGAAGCAGUACAAUGGGAAGUACUUCUGCGAGAUAUUAACCGCCAUCGGCGAGGCCCACAGUCGCGCGUUCCUCAUUGCCCUGACCGAGAACUCGAACGAGGCGCACACGUGGACGGCCAUGGGAUUGAUCGAGCUGCUGCUGGAGUGCUCGGAGCUGGAGGGACGUUAUCCGAUCGACGAAACGCGCAGCUGCAUCCCGUUCGGUUUCUGGUACGCGUUGCAGGACGAUCUCGCCACGCUGGAUCAACCGUUGGAGAACCGAGCCCUGGAAGCGUUGAAGCCGAUUUACUUCCGACUGGUCCAGGCGUUGCUGAGAAAGUCGACGCUGCCGAUGUCCCCGAGCGAGAGAGGGAACGCGGACGAGCGCGAGCUCUUCAGAUGUUACAGGCAGGACGUGGCGGACACGCUGGACUAUUGCUACAGCGUACUCGGCAGCGAUCUGCUCGCGCUCCUCGGGCAAAAAUUGAGUCUGGAAGACUCGCCGUGGACCCACAUAGAGUCGACGUUACACGCCUUCAAGGCCCUGUCGGAGAGCGUCGGUACGAAGGAGUACUGUUACAUCCCCGCGCUGAUAAACUUGAUCAUCGUUCACAUACCUUAUCACAUUUACCCCGAAGAGGUACUAACGUGCGCCUGUUCGACGCUGGGCGCAUACGCCGAGUGGAUAGGGGAGCAUCCCGAGCCCUGGCUGGAGAAGGUGCUGCAGCUCGUUACCCAGGGACUGACCAGGGGCUCCACGACAGCGCCGUUCGCGAGUAUGGCGCUGAAGGAUCUGACGAGGGAGUGCGGCCCGUAUCUCGCCCCUUACGCGCCAUCCAUUCUGCAGACCAUCAGCCAGACGCUGCCGAACGUCGAGCCUGGCGGCGGGGAGGGUUUGCGGCUCAUGUACGCGGCCGGGAAACUGCUCAAUGUGCUGUCCUCUAUGGAGGAGCAGCUGGUACACCUGGAGGCGACGCUGGGCCUGUGCGUGACGAAGAUAAAGGAGCUACUGGAACAGCCGUUGUUCACGGCGCGGCACGGCGUGACGAAUUACCUGAAGAUGGCCACCAUGUUCUUCAGCACGAUCGACGGCGCGAUCGGCAAGGCCGUGCUGGACGGCGUGCUGCCGGUGUUCAAUCAGAUCAUCGCGCAUCCCGAGUGGAGCCAGGACAACGCCACGCUGGAGGCGAUGCACAUGUGCGCGCAACGAUCCCUGUCGGCCCUGCGGCAGCCGGAGAUUGAGGCGCGACCGCUGCUGCCGAUCCUGUCGACCUCCUACAAGAUCUGGCCGCAUCCGGCCGCGCUGGAUCUGCUGAAGCAGCUCGUGCUUCUGUUCGGCAGAGAUCCGGACAACAUCGUGAGUCCGGUGCUCGCGGAGAUGAGCUCGUUAACGUUGAACGGCGUGAAGGUGUGCCGGUCGGUGCAGGGCGACCUGUCCGAGUGGUCGGACCUGAUGGAGGCUUACAUGGGCGUGCUCACGCAGAUCUGCAAGAAGAACGCCCGGUUGUUGCUGCAAAUCCCGGAUCAGAUACCGGAUAUGCUGCAAUGCGGGAUCGCUUGUCUAACGCUCCCAGAGACAGCCACGGCCAGAGCGGCGGGACAUUUUCUUAGUCACGCGAUCGUCCAGAGCCCGCAUCUGCAGACGUUCAUUCAACCGAUCGGACAGGAACUCGUCGCCGCGAUUUUACACUGCGUCGGUGGAGCAGUGCCUCACAACAACUUGGAGCCUCACGCCGAGGUUCUGUUAGCGUUGAACAAAACGUGUCCGGAAUGGACGGCGCAGUGGUUACGCGCCGGACUGGAGAAUCAAAAGAACCUCGCCGCCGUGUUGCAGAAGGAGGACGUCACGCGCAUUUUGCGCGAGAGGACGAACAGGGGGCGACUUUGCGACGCACUGAAGGAAUUGAGUACCCAAUGCCGUCAGAAGACGGGCAUAUGACAAUAGAACUUUUCGUGUGAUGCCGAUUGACGAAUUUUACUGUACGUGAUCGAUUUAAGAGAGAUACAUGUAACACAAACACACAGGGGUUGACAUAAUUUAUCUCUUCAUAAUAAACGAUGCAUAAUGUAUAUAAUUGUGUUUUAUACAGGUUUAUGCAUUUACUUAUGGAUUGUAAGAUAUUUCAUCGAUCGUGUGAUAGAAGCGCUUAGUGUAUCGAAGUACAGAAAUGUGACGCAAAAUAAAUAGCGAUAAUAAAAAGAAUAUUUAUAGUAAA